GCCUAGACUCGUAAAUGUGAAAAUAAAUUUGAGUAUCGUAUUGCUGAGGUUGGGGGACUUAGGGCUGGAGCUUCAAUCCUCCAAACUCUGUGUCCUGAGUUAUAUAUUUCAACCAUUGUUGUUUAACUCUCAGCAGGGUGUAUUGAAGUGAGAGUUUGAAGUGAAUUCAAGAUUGACUUUCGAGCCUGCAUUUCUAUUAACCUCUCAGAGAAGCCUGUUAGGAGCGUUAUUGAGUUGGCCCUUUUACACCAUUUUCGAGUCUCAAUUGGAUGCUUAGCUGAACGCUAAGAGUAUCCCUUCAGGAAAGGAGCAUAAUUCUCCUCUGUGUGGAAAGUUUAUGAUUGCCGCAAUGCCGGACUAUCAGGCAGCAGUUGAUGAUUUCGUCACGAGAUUGAGACGCAGUGACAUGGAUGAAGGAUUUUGUUCAGGCAGGUGGAGGGCUCUCUCAUUACUGCGAAGCUGACCGCUGAGCUUCUUCGCCAAGUCGUCUCACACCAACGUUUACCAAAUGUCGGUCAAGCAGCUGUGCUCAUAGAUGUUGUGAAAUCUGUGGGUCUUCGCAUGAUUGCAGCAAAUCCAAUUGAAUUGGCAGUCGGAAAUAUGGUGAGAAGAGUUCUUCACAUCAUCAGGGAAGAAGAUGUGUCGUUGACAUCUUCCGCAAUUCCAGGAGUCAGUGUUGAGAGCGAUGACGACGAAAGUGACUCUAAAUCUAGUUAUUCUGCUGCAGCCAUUGCUGCUGCUAACCGAAGUGCUUUGCGAGCACCCUCAUUGCACAAUCUGCUAGAAUCGAUACCUGAUCCAGUUAAAACUCCUGAAGCUCCGGCAGCGUCCGUUGGGGACUCAGAUUCAAAAAGCCGAUCUGGAGACAGGAAUUCUGUAAGCUGGAAGCUGAAGCACAAUGUGAUUGAAGGCAUUACCGAGUUACUUCAAGACUUAGAUGAUUAUCAUACGCAUGUUGCUGAGCAGGCACUUGAACACAUUCAUCAAAAUGAGGUGAUCUUGACGCUUGGGCGGUCACGAUCUCUGCUUAAAUUCCUUUUGGAGGCGAAGAAGAAGAGAUCGUUCCAAGUGGUAGUAGCAGAGGGUGCUCCUAGGUACCAGGGACAUACACUUGCGAAAGAGCUUGCAGAGAAAGGGCUACAAACUACUGUAAUCACAGAUUCAGCCGUCUUCGCGAUGAUAUCACGUGUGAACAUGGUCAUAAUUGGAGCACACGCUGUGAUGGCAAAUGGAGGAGUGCUGGCUCCAGUUGGCAUGCACAUGGUUGCUCUUGCAGCUCGCAGGCAUGCAGUUCCUUUCGUUGUUCUUGCUGGUGUUCACAAGUUAUGCCCACAAUAUCCACACAAGCCAUACACACUACUUAACGACAUGAAAUCUCCAGCUGAGGUUGUAGAAUUUGGGGAGUUAUCUGAAUGCUUUGCUGCCGGGACUGGUGAUCAUACCACCUAUGUCGUGAAUCCAACUUUUGACUACAUUCCUCCGGAUCUUGUUAGCAUUUUCAUUACGGAUACAGGUGGUCAUAAUCCAUCGUAUGUCUACAGGCUCAUUGCCGAAUACUACAGUCCGGAGGAUUAUUUUUUGCAAUGAAAAAAGAGUCAUGUAACUUAUUCUAUCUUGUGCAAUUUUGCUGCAGUAUUUUCCUCUGUCAGAUCUAGGAUUCUAAUGUUAAAAAUUGAGGUUAAUUGGUGUCGGCGAAAAUAAGAAAAAGAAAAAGAAAAAAAUGCACAUCGUAUUUAGGAUGCUUGAGGGCCUUGAAGAUUAGCUGCACCUAUGGUGGCCUUUGAAGAAGGAAUUUUAGCUUCUAUUGAUUUUUACACUCGUAGUGAAGAAAUGUUCAUACCGAUUUGUGAAAUUGUUAAUGUUUUCCUAAUACAUUUUCCUGCAUUAAAUCAGGCUCUUUUUAUCUUCAA